UUUAAGACUGCGGACAAGCUCAUCAAAUCGUCGAUGGUGCAGUUAUAGCCACCACAGUACAGGAAACAACCCAGUCACUCUCCCUGCGUGUCGAAAUGAGACCUUUAUCAGUAGGGUUGAGAACGGUGCGUCAGGCGUGUCGCCUGAGCCUUCAGCUUCGCGGCGUGUCGACUUUGAGCAACAAUCCACACAUUUACAUCUUCCCUGACCCUUUGAGCCGCGACAGUCACAUUCUCUCCUUAUUACCGACCGCACCACCAAACCCCAGCCUGGCCAUUGGCACGUCGAGGCGAAAUCCCCCUAACCCAGACUCCUUUACUGAAAACCCUCGCUUCCUACCUAUUGUACACUCUGUCAUUGCUGAGAAUGCACAUCUAGACCCCGGGGUGCAAUCACAAGCUGCAGUGAUGAUAUCCUCAUCUGGCGCAUCUCUGUUCCAACCGGUGCGCAGGCAGAAGACUGGAUCUUCGGGUGCGUCAGACCAAGGUGGUCACGGCAGCGCAGGACGAGGCGGGUGGGUUCAUAUUUCGGACUCGAGGAAAAUUCCGGACUUUGGACGGAUUGCAGACCCCGAAGACAUCUUUGGGAGCGUCGAGGUGGAAGGAGAUGGUUCAUUUACAGAUGGCACGGGUAACUACCAGCAGAGUGGGACUUAUAGGAUUGUCACCAACGAUGGGAUAUUGGGAUUAAGUGAUUUUCUACGGCAAAAGGUGGUGGAGAGGUUGAAGGUGGAAGAAUCGAAAGAGAAGAAAUGAAAAGUGGGCAAAAGGGAGGAAGGUGGUAGAUUUGAGAUGGCAGGCAGGAGUGUUGAUGGUGAUUGCCUGGAGAUGGUCGACGCCCAGUUUGCAAGCAGGAGUUCUCCCAAAAUUGGAUGGGAUAUGACUGACACGAUGUUGAGUACCCUCUACUACUCAAUGAGAGAUCUGUCUGAGUGCUUUUUUUUGGCUGUCAUGUUACUGGUAAUGUCUUAGAGCGAACCAAAAAAAUGAGGAAGAGAAUCAGAC